AUGGCUGAAGGGAAGCCUGAAGAUGUGCACUUAUCAAAAUCGUCUGAUCAGUUGAUGGAAGAUCGAGAAGCCCGUGGGCAGAAGAAGUACUGGCGUGAACUGGAGGAAUCCCAUAUUGAACAUCCUGCUGCGGCUUUGAUCCGUGGCCAGAAGGAGUAUUGGCGUAAAGUGGAGGAAUGCGGGGGUUUCGAUAUUGACGGUAUCCAUGCACCACGAGGGACUUGUCAACUGAUACGCUUCGACUGCAAACAGGGCUAUGGAUAUCCUGAGUUUGUAGACCUUUACGCUAGGCUUGGGCUUCACCGUUACAACUUGUUGGAGGGUACAAACUUUCAAGUCACUGAUCUAAUCAAAUACAACAUGGAAAGUAACUGUCUCUCCACUUACUACAUGACUCUAGUUGCUACGGAGCCAGCUACCGGUUCGGUGCAAACCUUCCAGGUUUUAGUAGAUGAGCACAUGUUUGGCCGUUUGGAUUUGACCGUUCCUGUUGCUAGGAUUAGAGGUAUAAACUGCACACUCUCCACCGUGGAGCCCCUCAUGCUUCAGGAUCAGGAUGAGAGAGUGCUUUACAAAGAUGAAUUGUUUGAGUGGCCGUCCAAGGAUGCUUUCAACGAUAGAAAAAGAUUUUACAUGGUUGAGGAAGCAGAAGUGCGAGACAAUGAGUGGAUUUGUCUGUAUUUGAAACUUGUCCUUUGUUGUAAGGAUAAGAAACUCAAAGCGAGCCAUUUGUCCAAAUUGAAGAUAUUGAAAGUUUGGAUAGAAGCUACUAUCGAUGAGGCUGAACCGCCAAAUGCGAGACUCAAAGCCAAAAGCGCACUUGUCUACAUAACUUUCCGCUUGGCCAGUUGUGGGAUUAAAGAGCAUAUUUAA